CGAGCGCCUCCCCCUGGCGGGCCCGCGGGGAGGCCGGGCGCGGCGACGCGGCCGACCCACAAAGCCCCCGGCCCGGCGGCCAGGCCCGGGCGCGCGCGGCGCGGGGCGGGCCGGGGGUGUCGGGUGUCACCCCCGGCGCACACCUCGGCCGGGGGGCGGGGGAGCGAACCACUGAGAUGCGGAGACCUCCCCGGUCCUAGAGCGGAGCAGGAAGUGUCCCAGGGGAGGGAGCCCGGGGGCUCCGGCCUUUCCUUCCCGCGGCGUCCGGCGCGCGGCGGCGGCGAACGGCCUGCGCGCCCGCCAACAGGGACGCGCGGCGGCGGCGCCCCCAUCUGCCCCCGAGCCGAGCCGCGGCUUUCCGGAUGAGCCAGAGACGCGGCGUGGACGCGCCGGGAGAGGAGCCGGGCGCCGGCGGGGCGCGCGGGGAGGAUGCGGACGGCCGCGCUGGACUUCCGCCGCCGCGGGGCGGCUUUCGGCCGGGCGCCGCGCGGGAGCCGCAGGCCGUGAGCUCUGUUUGUAAAGGUCUUAAGAGCAAGAACAGUGACUUCGGCUCCAAACCUUCAAGAUAGUGGCCUGCUUGGCCUGCCCAUCGCAGCGCUCUCCAGGAGGACCCAGCCACUCAAGGGUCGUCUUCUGCCGCUGACCCCCAUCAAAUCCCAUCAUGCCCACAGCCCUGUGCCCCCGAGUCUUGGCUCCGAAGGAAAGUGAGGAGCCCAGGAAAAUGAGGAGCCCACCGGGAGAGAACGCUAACCCCCAGGGGGAGCUUCCCAGCCCCGAGUCCUCUCGGCGCCUCUUCCGCCGUUUCCGCUACCAGGAGGCGGCGGGCCCCCGGGAGGCCCUGCAGCGCCUCUGGGACCUGUGCCGGGGUUGGCUGCGGCCAGAGAGGCACACCAAGGAGCAGAUUCUGGAGCUGCUGGUGCUGGAGCAGUUCCUGGCCAUCCUGCCCCGGGAGAUCCAGAGCUGGGUGCGGGCCCAGGAGCCUGAGAGCGGGGAGCAGGCUGUGGCCGCAGUGGAGGCACUGGAACUGGAGCCGGGGAGACCCUGGCAGUGGCUCAAGCACUGUGAAGACCCUGUGGUGAUUGAUGAUGGGGACAGCCCUCUGGACCAGGAGCAGGAACAGCUGCCGGUAGAGCCCCACAGCGACCUUGCAAAGAGCCAGGAUGCCCAGCCCAUGGCCCUGGCACAGUGCCUGGGGCUCCCAGGCAGACCAUCAAGCCAGCUCAGUGGCGACCCAGUUCUGCAAGAUGCUUUCCUUCUUCAGGAAGAGAAUGUACGGGACACCCAGCAGGUGGUGACCACCCUGCAGCUACCCCCGAACCGGGUUUCUCCAUUCAAGGACAUGAUUUUAUGCUUCUCUGAAGAGGAUUGGUCCCUUCUAGAUCCUGCCCAGACUGGCUUCUACGGAGAGUUCAUCAUUGGGGAGGAUUGCGGGGUCUCAAUGCCUCCAAACGACCUAGCUGCCCAGCCAGAUCUCUCCCAGGGAGAGGAGAAUGAGCCGCGCGUUCCAGAGUUGCAGGAUCUCCAGGGGAAAGAAGUGCCCCAGGUCUCCCACUUGGACUCUCCAAGUCUCCAGCCAUUCCAGGUAGAAGAAAGAAGAAAACGUGAUGAGCUGCAGGUGCCAGAGUUCCAGGCCUGCCCGCAGAUGGCAGUACCUCAGAGCACCUGCCCAGCUGGCGGCAACCCACGGUCUCUAGAGAACAGCCCGGACCCAGAGGUGACCAUCGAGAUCGUUCUCUCCAGCUCCGGGGACGAGGACUCCCAGCCCGGCCCGUACUGCGCAGAGGAGCCGAGGAGCCCCCCCGAGAAGCGGCACAGCCUCCCCGCCUCCCACCGGAGCAGCGCGGAGGCCGGGGGCGAGGUGCAGAGCUCCGGGAAGUCCUACGUGUGUCCGAACUGCGGGAAGAUCUUCCGCUGGAGGGUCAACUUCAUCCGGCACCUGCGGAGCCGCAGGGAGCGGGAGAAGCCGCACGAGUGCUCGGUGUGCGGAGAGCUGUUCAGUGACAGCGAGGACCUGGACGGGCACCUGGAGAGCCACGCGGCCCAGAAGCCGCACCGCUGCGGCGCCUGCGGGAAGAGCUUCCGCCUCAACGCGCACCUGCUCUCCCACCGGCGGAUACACCUGCAGCCGGACAGACUCCAGCCGGUGAAGAAGAGGGAGCAGGCGGCGUCCGAGGACGUGGACGAGGGUCCCAACGGCCCGCUGGAAAACGGCCAGGCCAAGCUGAGCUUCCAGUGCUGUGACUGUGGGAAGGCCUUCCAGCGGCACGACCACCUGGCUCGGCACCGCAGCCACUUCCACCUGAAGGACAAAGCCCGGCCCUUUCAGUGCCGGUACUGCGUCAAGAGCUUCACGCAGAACUAUGACCUCCUGCGCCACGAGCGCCUGCACAUGAAGCGCCGCUCCAAGCAGGCUCUGAACUCCUACUGAGCCUGCCCGCGUGCUGCGGCCUCACCCUGGGCGGCGCUGCCCACUCACACUGGUACUGAUCAGCAUCCCCGCCCAGGACACACCAUCCCCAGCAUAGAGGGCACACCUCCCUCCUCCUGUCCUUUGCUCUCAGGUAGUGUCCAGCGUUCAGGUGGCGCCAUGGUAGCACUCUCCCUCCCCCAGGUAAUGAGAGUGGGCAAGUGAGUGUUCUCUUUCUGCUGUGCCAAAAACCGGGCAUGUGCCACCACCAGGUUGGAUAUGCCAGGUGUUCUGUGUCUUAGAGACCCUUGCCCAUGCUCCCCAAGCUCGGGGAGUCAAACUGGGCUCCCUCGUCGGGGCAGCGCCCUGGUCACCAACCAAACCUCAGUAUCCUCCCUCCCUCCCUUCCCUGUCUGAAUGCUGGGAUCUGCUGCUGAAGCUCCAGGGUGCCUGCCCUUCCACUCAGAAGCUGCUGGAGGGUGUUGGACUGGAGGGAGCAGGAAGGCAGUGUGGGAAUGAUGGGCUCAGUGGGGAGCAGGGCCAGGCAGAGGGAGCACACCUCCGGCCUGUCUGAGCCCCAGGUCUGUGGCCAUCAGGUGGGCAGGAGCACCCCGCAGAUCCAAGAUUGAUCAGACAGCCCUUUUGGGUUUGGAGUGUGAGGCAGGGGUCUGCAGAGCUCCUCCUUGAGUUCACAGUCAUCAUACCUUUUAAUUUGUCCCAGGGACCAGUUACUAGGGAUCUGGAGCACACCAAAAACAAAGCUUACAUUUUAAUUGUUGUUACACACGUACCCCACGAUGUCUUUGUACCCUAAAGAUGCUUGGCAAAUGCCUGUGGGUUGGAAGCUGAGGCAUCAUCAUUUAAAAGGCACUUAAGUCCCUUCCAGUCUGUACUGCCUAAGAACGUGGAGCUUAGCCCCCGGUGAGGGGUUCUCCUGUCGGGGUGAGCCAAGCUCCGGAACAGGACCUUCCCUGGCAUCACACUUUACGUACGCAUUAGCUUGGACUGCCGGUGUCAGUUUUCUCGGUAUGUUUUAACACUGGCUGGUUUAGAACAACAGGAAUGGAUUCCCUCACGGUUCCGGGAGCUGCAAGUCCAAGAUGACGCCUUCCGAGGGCUGUGAGGGAGAAGCGGCUUCGUGCUGUUGCCGUUCCUUGGUGUGUGGAAGCGUCACAGUCUCUGCCUUCAUCUCCACGUGGCACUCUUGCCGUGUGCGACACCAGUCCUGUCGGAUUAGAGCCCAUCCCACCGACUCCAGUAUAACCUCAUCUAUGGCCACAGCAACCGUUCACCAGUAAGGUCACAUUCUGAGGUGCUAGAGAUUGGGACUUCAACACUGGAAUUGGAAAGGGACAGAAUUCAGCCCACGACUCCAGGUAAACGUGAGGUAUGCUGUCAUUCCUAAUUCACAGAUGAGUCAGUACAGUCGAGCGAGCUUGCUCACAGCUCCAUCGAAGGCAGGGUUCAGACCCAGGUGUUGGCAUUCAGCACGGGUGUCCUCUGCAUGGAAGAAUCUUACUCAGUAGCCUUAAAGGCUGACAAAUUCCCCUCCCUCCCUGCCUCCUGAUUGGGGCCGGGCAGGCCAGCUGGAGCUUUGUCUUCACCUGGGGUUCUGGACUGAGGGUGACAGUAGGUAGUGAGACCUCAAGCAAUUUAGAACAUGGUAUUCCUGAAAACCUGCUUAUGUUGGCUAGGGUCAGCAUGAGAGGGCAUCAAGCCUGUAGUGUGGCAGUGGUGUAAACUGCAAGUGAGACCAGACUAGUAUUUUGUACUAUUUAUAUGUCAGAUCCUACCAACAGGCAGUAAGCCAGGCAAAGCUCCUGGUGCUCCUUGUCACGUAAUUUUCUCAUCAAGAAGCCUCUGGGCCAGGCAGAGAGGCCUGUAAUCCCAGCACUUUGGGAAGCCAAGGUGGGUGGGUCACCUAGCUCAGAUAACACUAGCCUGGGCGACAUGGCAAACUCUCAUCUCUACCAAAAACACAGAAAAUGAGCUGGGUGUGGUGGUGCACGUUUGCAGUCCCAGCUACUCUGGAGGCUGAGGUGGGAGGAUUGCUUCGCUCUGGGAGGCAGAGGUUGCAGUAAGUCAAGAUCACACCACCGAACAACAACCUGGGUGACAGAGUGAGACCUGACUCAAAAACAAUCAAAAAGCCUCAGCCCCACACUCAUGACAAGAUUCUGUAACCACAACUACUGUUACUGUGUGGAUGCACAGGAACAGUAAAUGCAAUAAAACCAUUUGGUUAUGCUUUGAACAAGAAAUAAGCCGUUGAGGCUUUUAGUUUCUAAAUAGUUUGUCUCUUGUAUCAACCUAUCUGGACAAGGGAGAAAUUGGAUUUUUAAGGCCAACGGAGGGGAAAAUUCCGAGUGGAAGCCAGGCUCUGUGGGUUCACAUUUACCCCACCUACCUGUGUGAUCCUACCUCUCCUGAGGAUUCUCUCAGUAGCUCUGAGGCCUUGGGAAGGUUAUUCACCUUCCUGCUGCAGACAUCUGACACAGAGGAACAUUGUUCUACUUACCCAUGUGUUUUAUGUGUGAAACCACAUCAUGAACGAGAAAGCGACAAAGGGAGUGUGAGGGAACAGAAGCCACAGGGAGGGAGGCGCUCUCGCGUUCCUGCCACCGAUCCAGAGCCGGCCAAGGCACCUCAGGAGAUGGAAGGCCAUGUCGCCUCUGGGUUUGGAACUUCCCCUGGGAAACGUAGCUGAAACCCAGGUUUAUCCCAAGCAGCAGGAACAGCUAGGGGCUACCUGCUCUGAGCAGAGGUCUGACAACCCUCCAGCCCAACCAGCACCUUCCAUCACAGUGGUGUAGGGGCUGCACCCAGGUGAUCUUUGUCUCCCUUUUGGCCACUGAUACUUCCAGCCUCAGCUGAGAACAGCUGCCCCUCAGUUCCUCCCUCCCACCCCAGGGGCUGGGCAGCUGUCUGGAGCUAUGUCUCCACCUUGCUCUGGAGGUUGAGACCCUGUCUGAGCAACCUCCUCCCUCUUCGUUCCUCUGAUCCCUUGGCAUUGCCACAAACCCACAGGUGCAUAAUAAAAACUCACU